AGGGCAGAGCUAAGGCGGGCGGGCUGGCGGGCGAGCGGGGCGGGCGGUGCAGUGGCGGCCCUACCAUGUCGGCGCACCAGCGAGGCACGGAGCUCGACCUUAGCUGGAUCUCCAAAAUACAAGUGAAUCAACCGGCAGUUCUGAGGCGUGCAGAACAAAUCCAGGCCCGCAGACCCGUGAAAAAGGAGUGGCAAGCUGCUUGGCUCCUGAAAGCUGUUACCUUUAUAGAUCUUACUACACUUUCAGGCGAUGACACACCUUCCAACAUUCAAAGACUCUGUUAUAAAGCCAAGUAUCCAAUCCGGGAAGAUCUCUUAAAAGCUUUAAAUAUGCACGAUAAAGGCAUUACUACAGCUGCCGUUUGUGUUUAUCCUGCCCGGGUAUGCGAUGCAGUGAAAGCACUAAAGGCUGCAGGCUGUGAUAUCCCAGUGGCAUCAGUGGCCACUGGCUUUCCAGCUGGGCAGACUCAUUUAAAAACACGAUUAGAAGAGAUCAGAUUGGCUGUGGAAGAUGGAGCUUCAGAAAUUGAUGUGGUAAUUAACAGAACCUUGGUGCUCACAGGCCAGUGGGAAGCCCUGUAUGAUGAGAUUCGUCAGUUUCGCAAGGCCUGUGGGGAGGCUCGUCUCAAAACCAUCUUAGCAACAGGAGAACUUGGAUCUCUUACGAACGUCUAUAAAGCCAGUAUGAUAGCCAUGAUGGCAGGAUCAGAUUUUAUUAAGACCUCUACUGGAAAAGAAACAGUAAAUGCCACCUUCCCAGUGGCUAUAGUCAUGCUGCGGGCCAUUAGGGAUUUCUUCUGGAAAACUGGAAACAAGGUAGGCUUUAAGCCGGCAGGAGGCAUCCGCAGCGCGAAGGACUCCCUUGCAUGGCUCUCUCUCAUAAAGGAGGAGCUAGGGGAUGAGUGGCUGAAGCCAGAACUCUUUCGAAUAGGUGCCAGCACUCUGCUCGCGGACAUCGAGAGGCAGAUUUACCAUCACGUGACUGGAAGAUACGCAACUUAUCAUGAUCUUCCCAUGUCUUAAAUCAGCGACGAAUUCCAGAAAAGUCCUUUACUAUUUUUCUGCGUGAUUGCUAAAACUAUUUCAUUAAAAAAAUGAGGGAAUAGGUAACUGAGUUUUUUCCCUUAAAAUUUCCAUUGACUUUAACUCAAAGAAUGAAAGGGAAAAGCCAGGUACACACGUGGUGUGUACACACAUGGUCCCCGUUUCAGGCAUGUCUGAAAUGGUCUUGAUUACUAGAAGAUCUCCAUUGUUAAUUUUGUGAAGGUGUUCUCUUAAGAACUCUGAGUAAAUUGUUAAUGAUAGCUUUGACAACAUUAAAUUCUAAGGAAGCAAGAGGUUGACUUGCCCAAGAACCAUGCUGUAGCAAAAGAAAAUGCAGCACCCCUGAACCGCUCUUGUUUUCUCACUGACUUCAAGAUUCACUUACUCGGCACUAGUUUCCUGCCCUGAAAAUCCGUCUUUAAUUUUUGCAGCAGAUACGCCCUUCUACUAAUUGUUUUGCUAAUGAAAUUUCUGUCAUUGUUAUGUGAAACUAUGGAUAUCAUUGAAGUUUUUAAUUAAAAAAAUUCCUGUAGUUGUUUAUUUUUAAAAAACCUUU